UACAUUAUUUGUUGUUGUUUUAGUGGUAGAAAUGGUCCAGUCGACUUCUUCAACGUAGACGGAUAUUUACAAUAUAAAAUUAUUGCUUUUUGGAGAUCCACAUUAUUUCUUUGCUGAUAGGAGCAUCAAGUCAUUGUCUAAGGAGAGGAGAUAGACAAUAAAUAUCCUGAAUCUGCCGUUUUAAAGAUGUCUAGCCAAUAUCAGCGAAGUGUUCCACUGGAGGUCAGGAGAGCGGAGGGGGAGAGAGUACGUGCCAAACAUCCAGAUAAAAUUCCGAUUAUUGUGGAAAGAGCUGCACGGUCCCGAGCUCCUGAUCUUGACAAAAAGAAAUUCCUUGUUCCCUCAGACCUUACAGUCGGUCAGCUCUGCUUUCUGAUCAGACAGAGAGUGUCUAUGAGGCCAGAAGAAGCGCUCUUCUUUUUCGUAAAAAAUUCCCUUCCUCCAUCCAGUUCCCCCCUGUCUGCAGUGUAUGAGGAGCACCAUGAGGAAGACCUUUUCCUGUACAUGACAUACAGUAAUGAGAGUGUUUACGGUGCCUGAGGCAGAGGAUGAAAGGACUGGAAAGAGGGAGAGAGAGAAAAGGAGGAUUAUACAGAAUAAAACAUGGAAAGGGUUUUAUAUUGUACCACUAUUAUCCCAAGUACAGUACAUUUACGGGACAUAUUUGUAUAAUGAUUGAAGAGUUGUUUGGAUAUGUCAGUAUUUGGAGGCAACUACAAUGUAUUACACUAAACUGAUUAUUGAUAGUAUUGUGACUUGAAAGAUUUAAGAGUGAGGCUAAACAAAGUAAGAAAAUGAAAUCAAAUAGGGUGAAGUCAAAAAUGGAAUAGGAGAGCAAAAAGUAUUCAUUUCAUCUUUCUCUCCCAGGAGCGAGUCACCUGUAUUUAAUGCAAAUAGGGUUUUUGUUGUUUUUCUUUUGUAAAGUAUUAUCACUAACUUUUGUGCAUAUAAUAAAACCUUAAAAGUUA